GCCUGCGCAGCCCUGAGCGCCUGCAGCACAGCGCGUGCCCUGCGCUCUGCCUGCGGACGCUGCUCGAGCUAAAGCUAACUAGCUGGCUCGGCUAGCCGUCCGAGGAGAGCGUAGCUGCCGCUCAGAAAUGCCUGAGACAAGGUGACUAAUAUCCAGAAAAGGUGGGGGAAAUAUGGUCGUGUGUUAAAAGCAAUGCUGAAGUUGACUUCUGACCCGGAAGACAGUGGCUGUGAGCUAGCUUAGACAACCAGCUCGACGUCGAGCAGAGCUCUCUGAGCGGUAAAUUGAGUUAUCCGGGUUGAUGGCUCGAAGGAUUAUCGCUGUCUCUCCUGCGGCAGUUGGAAUUGAAAGCAACAGCAGAUGAAAGCCGUCAGUUCAACAUCUUUUCAGAGAUGUCGUGGUUUUAUUAUGCCAGUCAAGGGGUAAACCAACAUGCUGACAUGAUGCCAGCCACAGCCGCGGACGGUACGGCCAACACGCACUGCUCCGGGGUCAGAGGUCCGUCCAGCUCGGCUCCCAGCCUGCUGGACCUCCCAGCGGUCCCCCAGGGUGCAGCAGGGCCGCCGAGCCUGGAGAACCUGUCGUGCACCUCUCAGAGUGCGGCCCCCGGCGGAGAGCCGGAGCCCAUCUCCUAUGUCACCGUCCAGGAGCAGCGGUGUGUCCUGAGCUGGUUCCUGGGCUGGACCACCCCGCAGAGAGAGCGAUUCCUGCAGGACCUGCUGGGGAAAGCUGUGCCCGGGAAAGUGUGCACCCUCCUGGAUUCACUCAACACCCUACAGGUUAAAGACAGACCCCCAAACAUCUUUGAAUGCCAGCUGCGCCUGUGGACCCAGUGGUUCGAGUCAUGGAGCGAAGAGGAGAGGAAUCGUUUCCUCCACAUGCUGGAAGAGCGGGACCCAGUUUUUGUUGCCCACUUCUACAGGAAUGUGGCUGGCACAGCAGGAAGGGAUUGAUAGAUAAGGAGAGAAAAUCCUUGCAGGGACUGGAGCAUACCUCUGUGGUGUGUGAUCAGUAAUUGUGUUGAAUACCGAUUAGAACAGGUGAUAAACUGGUUGGAAAUGAGUAAGAGGUGGAUGAGAAAUUUUUGUGUUAGCACUUAGCCAGUUUUCCUUUAUUGAGAGGAAUGUUUCUAUUACCAUGAUGGGACUCAUUUUUAAUCAGAAUGGACAAUUAUUACUCUUACAUGUUUUUUUGUCUGUGUUAUUUACCACUCUUGUCAGCCUAGGUAAUGAGUGGAGAAGAUUUGAAGGCGGAGGUCAUCAUACUAUGAACGGUCCUUCACCAGACUUUGUUUCUGUUCCCUACACCGGCUUACUCAGGGCCAUAUCAUACAUUAAACAGUUAUUUAUUUCAGGACACAAAUGCAUAAUGCUUUACAUAUUAGCAGAAGAUCUAUCAUUUAAUAACAUGACUCCAUGAACGUGAGAUUUCACAUCUUAUUUCAAGAUAAUAAAAGUCACAGGCAGCUGUCCUGUAUUGUGCCUAGUGAAUAAAGCACCUUGACUUGUAGACAACAAGAGGAAAAAGGUAUUUGUGAUAUAUGGCAUUGCUGUAUCAAAAGUCCCUCUCAAAAUUCUAAUUAUAUUGAUUUUUUUUUUAACCACAAGAAUAAAUGAAGUACUCACAUG